GCGGGGGCGGCGGCGGCGGCGGCGGCGCGGAGGCCGAGGCGGCGGGCGCGGCGCGGAGGGCGAGGCCGCGGGGCGAGGCGGCGGGCGGGCGUAGCGGCGGCGCGCCGGGGCGGCUGGAGCGGCCGCGCUCGGAGGGGAACAAAGAGCGGCGGCGGCGGCGGGCGGGACUGGUAUGGUGGUUCCACAGGUCCGCGCCCGCUGCACUCACAGGGAGGAGGCGGACGGCGCCCCCUUAGAGGCAUGCCCAAAGAAAAAUACGAGCCCCCUGACCCUCGGAGGAUGUACACAAUUAUGUCCUCUGAGGAAGUAGCAAAUGGAAAGAAAUCACAUUGGGCAGAGCUUGAAAUAAGUGGAAAAGUAAGAAGUUUAAGUUCAUCCUUGUGGUCACUAACUCACUUGACAGCUUUGCAUCUAAGUGACAAUUCCCUGUCCCGCAUUCCUCCAGACAUUGCCAAGCUUCACAACCUGGUGUAUCUGGACCUGUCCUCCAAUAAAAUCCGCAGUUUACCGGCAGAACUCGGAAACAUGGUGUCACUCAGGGAGCUCCAUUUAAAUAACAACCUGUUACGAGUUCUACCUUUUGAGCUGGGAAAGCUGUUUCAAUUGCAGACUUUAGGCCUGAAAGGAAAUCCACUCACCCAGGCUAUCUUGAACCUCUAUCAGGAACCUGAUGGAACAAGAAGGCUGCUGAACUAUUUGCUUGAUAAUUUGUCAGGUACUGCAAAAAGAAUUUCAACAGAACAGCCACCUCCAAGAUCUUGGAUUAUGUUACAAGAACCAGACAGAACAAGACCAACUGCCUUGUUUUCUGUCAUGUGCUAUAAUGUUCUUUGUGAUAAAUAUGCGACCCGGCAGUUAUACGGCUAUUGUCCAUCAUGGGCACUAAAUUGGGACUACAGGAAGAAGGCCAUUAUUCAAGAAAUCCUGAGCUGCAAUGCUGAUAUCAUAAGCCUUCAAGAGGUUGAAACGGAACAGUAUUACAGUUUUUUUCUGGUAGAACUGAAAGAACGUGGUUAUAAUGGGUUCUUUAGUCCUAAGUCUCGAGCUAGGACAAUGUCAGAACAAGAAAGAAAACAUGUUGAUGGCUGUGCAAUAUUCUUCAAGACAGAAAAAUUUACUUUGGUUCAGAAACACACUGUUGAAUUUAAUCAGCUAGCAAUGGCAAAUUCAGAAGGGUCUGAAGCUAUGCUGAACAGAGUCAUGACAAAAGAUAAUAUUGGCGUUGCAGUACUACUAGAACUUCGAAAGGAAUUGAUUGAAAUGUCAUCUGGAAAGGCACAUCUUGGAACAGAGAAACAACUCAUUCUGGUGGCGAAUGCGCAUAUGCACUGGGAUCCCGAGUACUCGGAUGUGAAGCUGGUGCAAACCAUGAUGUUCCUCUCCGAAGUGAAGAACAUUAUUGAUAAAGCCUCUCGAAGCCUCAGAGCGAGUGUAUUGGGAGAAUUUGGAACUAUUCCACUUGUGCUAUGUGCAGACCUGAACUCUUUGCCAGACUCUGGUGUUGUAGAGUAUUUGAGCACUGGUGGAGUAGAAACAAAUCAUAAGGACUUUAAGGAACUACGAUACAAUGAAAGUCUCACAAACUUCAGCUGUAAUGGGAAGAACGGAACAAUGAAUGGACGAAUCACUCACGGUUUCAAGUUAAAGAGUGCCUAUGAAAGCGGCCUGAUGCCUUACACAAAUUACACAUUUGAUUUCAAGGGUAUAAUUGACUACAUCUUUUAUUCAAAACCUCAGCUGAACACGCUAGGCAUCCUGGGACCUCUGGACCAUCACUGGUUAGCUAAGAACAACAUCAGCGGCUGCCCACACCCUCUGAUCCCCUCUGACCACUUCUCACUUUUUGCACAACUGGAGCUCCUGCUGCCUUUCCUGCCCCCCGUGAACGGCGUGCACCUCCCUGGCAGGAGGUAGUCGAGGGCCUUCAGAGGGCAACCUCAGUAACGCUCGUAAACCUGUGAAAACUGGAGGACUGAAGAGUGAGGCGUGGCUGCUAGGCAAUGUUUUGGUUUUUCUCUUAAACAUGAUUUGAAAACUCAAUCUGAUUACUCGGUAAGGAUUUAGUAUGAAAGUGAGGUGCUAGCAACAGACAAAUUCUGAGCCCAAUAUGCUUUAUAUACUGCUCGACAGGGAUUGGUGUGUUUGCACCUAUCUUUAAUUUGUUACAAGUAAUUUUCCUGUUUCUUGUAUCCAGUAUAUUUUCAUGCCUUGAAAUAGGAAAAUGUUCAAACAGCAUAUUCUCUUUGCACAGAAAUCUGUAGCACUACUUUUUUGAGGCCAGUAGUAACAUCCAGAGACCAUUCUUCCAAACUCUACUCCCUCCUUUUUCAGACUUGUUUAUAAAAUAUAGAACUGAAUUUAGCCUUUAUGAUUGUAUAUGAUCCGUGAAGACCUGAUUUAUGAAAUUUUUGUACUAAAAUUCAGAUUUGAAAAUGAUUGUCUUGUGACCUAAGGCUAAUUUUUUUUAACCUGUUUUCCUGUGUCAUGAGGCCAGCUUGUAAAAGAAGUUGCAACAGACUUUCUCUGCUAAUGAUUUGCACUGUUGGGGUUUUGUUAGCCCUUUUGUACUACUUUAUUUUUAAGUUGAGAACAUUGCUCUUUAAAUCCAAAUCUUGAACCACAUGCAACUUAUUCAUGAAUUACUGAGUGUUUAUGAUACAUUCUAGUAGGACAGAUAAGCUGAGCGGUGAAGGACCUGUAUGGCUCGUUGGACUGAAUGUAAAGGUUGAUACAGGUGCGUUCUGAUAUCUUCAAAUCUUUAACUUUUUAGGUGAAGCAGUUACAGCUGCUCAGGUACAGCUCUUCACUCCUCGCUGACACUCCCUGUCCUAGCUCCACUGUGCCUGCCUCGACUUGUUCUCACCAAGCACUGCCUGUGCGUGCAGAGAAAAUCUGUGCACCCUCUUUUAUAUUUUUAAAUACUGUUUAACGUGUGUGAGGAUUUUAUGAAAAUGCUUUUGUAUGAGCUGUGGCUGCUUUUUCCAUUGUGAAGCACUGAACACGUUUGGAACAUGUUCAUAGGAUGGUCCCUGGGCCUGUCUGCUCAGCAGACCCAGCCACUGCUUCUUCGUGUCACUCACCGAGCUGUUUGUCACCCAGAAUACUACUAUCAUGUGAAUUCUUUUUGUUAUCUGUGUUUCUGUGUUUUUUUAAUCAUUCUUUUUUU